CCCACUCAACGUGGUCGAGCAGAAAGACAAGUGUCGCAUGAUUCUGGAUCUCCAAAAGGUGAACGACGCACUAAUCAUCCCCAAAUUUAAAUAUGAGGGACUCAACUGUGUAGCAGACCUCGCUUGCCAAGGAGACUGGAUGUUCUCCAUCGAUUUGAAAUCAGGCUAUCACCAUGUCGACAUCCAUCCCUCGUGUUGGACGUUCCUCGGCUUUGAAUUCGACGGGCGCACAUACGCCUUUCGAUCCUUGCCGUUUGGCCUCGCCACAGCACCAUUCGUCUUCACGCAGCUCAUCAAGCAAUUAGCUCGGCGAUGGCAGGAGCAGGGGGUCCGCGUGAUACCCUACGUUGACGAUAUCCUCUUCUUGUGCCCGACCCUGGCACACGCUCCAGCCACGUGCCAACGGGUUGUUAUCGAUCUCAAGGCUGCCGGGCUCGUACUCAACUCAAAAAAGUCAAAGCUGAUACCAACACAGCACCUUCGGUUCCUUGGCGUAGAACUCGACACACAGGCCGGCCGGGCCCCGACAAGGACCAAGGACAUGGCACAAAAUCAUGAGGCAAGACAAAGGAGCCGCGAAAAAACGGAGAAGGAGAGAGUGAGAGGGAGCGAGAAGAAGAGAGAGAGAGAGAAGAGAGAGAGAGAGAGAGAGAGAGAGAGAGAGAGAGAGAGAGAGAGGAGAGAGAGAGAAGAGAUAGAGAGAGAAAGUGAGAGAGCAGAGAAGAGAGAGAGAGAGAACAUGAGAGGGAGAGAAAGAGAGGGAGAGAGAGAGAGAGAGAGAGAGAGAGAGAGAGGAGAGAGAGAGAGAGAGAGAGAGAAAGAGAGAGAGAGAGAGGAGAGAGAGAGAGAGAGAGAGAGAGAGAGAGAGAGAGGAGAAAAGAGAGGAGAGAGAGAGAGAGAGAGAGAGAGAGAGAGAGAAAGAGAGAGAGGAGAGAGAGAGAGAGAGAGAGAGAGAGAGAAAGAGGAGGGAGAGAGAGAGAGAGAGAGAGAGAGAGAGAGAGAGAGAGAGAGAGAGAGAAAGGAGAAGAGAGAGAAGAGGAGAGAGAGAGAGAGAGAGGAGAGAGAAGAGAGAGAAAGAGGGAGAGAGAAAGAAAAAGAGAGCAAGUGUGUGUGUAAGAGAAAGAUGAGAAGAGAGGAAGGGGUAAGACGGAGAGGAAAAAAGAGCACGAGGAGGAAACCACGCACAUCGGGAAGGACACGCGGAAGCACCUCCUAAGAUAAGGCGCUGGCCUAGCAUGUGGU